ACACGAUGGCACUCUCCUCUGCACUCUCCUCUCUAGCAGGCCUUCUAUGAGGUAUGGAUCCACUUAGCGUCCCAGCCAGUAUUAUCGCAGUCCUCCAGCUCUCAGCCAAGGUCCUUGCGCAUAUAUGCGACGUCAGAGAUGCGCCGAAAGAACGCUCGCACUGCGAGGCUGAAUUAUCGAACCUUUCCGCCCUACUUCGUGCCCUACGAGAUCACGUCCAGACAGGAGAUCUGAGCCUGCCGUGGUAUGCCGCCGUCGCAGAACUCGCAGCACCCAAGGGACCCUUCGACCAGUUCAAGCAGGCGCUCGAAGGGCUGCAGAAUAAGAUAACAGAUGGAAGUCAGCUGAAGAAAUUAGGUGAGACGCUGGUGUGGAAGUUCAAGAAGGGGGAAUUUACUAGCAUAUUGCUUCGGAUAGAGCGUCUGAAAUCGCUGGUAGAGAUCGCUUUGCAGAUGGACCACUACCAACUAUCUCAAGCCAUCAAAGACGAUACCAACUUCGUUCGGACACGCGUAUCCGCAAUACAGUCUCGAGUAGACGAGAUCCAGCAAGAGCAAGUUAAUGCAAAGCACAGCAAGAUGGUAGGAAGGAUCUCGCCUACCGACUACCCCGCUCAGCAAUCGGACAUCAUAUGUCGCAGACAGAAGGGAACGGGCCAGUGGUUUCUCGACGCACCCGAGUUCACAAAGUGGCUUGGUGAGCCGAAGGGAACUCUCUUCUGCCCAGGCAUCCCUGGCGCCGGCAAGACGAUGGUGGCAGCGAUUGUGAUCGACCACCUCCUGAAGUCUGUGCAGAGCAGCUCCUCCGGAGUUGCGUAUGUGUACUGCAACUAUAAAGCACAGGAUGAGCAAGAAACCUCUAACAUGCUGGCAGCUAUGGUUAAGCAGCUCGUGCAGGGUCGACCAUCGAUUGCGGAGCCUGUAGCACGACUGCACAAGAAGCAUGCCAAUCGAGGUACAAAGCCAUCCCUUAAGGGGAUCUUUGGCGUCCUCCGAGAAGUAGUCGCAAAGUACUCCACUGUCUAUAUUGUGAUCGAUGCUCUAGAUGAGUGUCGAGACAGCGACGGCGCUCGCAGUCAGCUUCUGGCUAGACUCAAAGACUUACAAGUAGGACAAGAUGUUCGCAUUAUGGCCACUGCGCGGUUCAUACCAGAGAUCGAAAUUGAGUUUCAAACAGCGAUGAAGCUAGAAAUACAAGCUAGCGAUGAGGACGUGAGGCGAUAUGUAGCCGGCCAGACGCACCGACUACCCAGAUGCAUUCAGCGUGACCCUGCGUUGCAGGCUAUAGUGCAAGACAAGCUUGUGGAGGCGGUAGACGGCAUGUUUCUUCUUGCCCGCCUGCACACAGACUCGCUUCUAGAUAAGCGAACAGUAAAAGAAGUCAAGUCUACAUUAGCCCGACUCUCAAAAGGCUCGGCUGCGCUUCAGGGUGCAUACGACGAGGCUAUUCAACGCAUAGAUGGCCAACUAGACAGAGAUAAAGAGUUAGCCAAGAGAGUACUGUCGUGGAUUACGUACGCAAGGAGGCCGCUCACUACAGUAGAGUUGUGCUGUGCCCUAGCGGUGGAGCCAGGCGAAACAAAGCUCGAUCCAGAAAAUAUGCCAGACGUCGAGGACUUACUAUCUGUAUGCGCUGGCCUUAUCAUUGUUGAUCAGGAAAGCGCUAUCGUUCGUCUCUUGCAUUACACUACGCAAGAGUACUUAGAGCGUAUUAGAGAUACAUGGUAUUCCGGUGCUCCAUUAGACAUUGCCUCAGCAUGUCUCACCUACCUAUCGUUCGAUCUGUUUAAGACAGGUAGCUGCUCCUCUAAUAGAGAGUUUGAAGAAAGACUCCAGGAGAGCAGGUUCCUUAAUUAUGCUGCC